AUGGGCCACUCAAGAAAGAGUUCAAUGCUGGAUUUGCUUGAUCUGGACAUAUCUACUGGAAGCUCUGAUGCUCCGAGAGUUCUCAUUGCUAAUCGUGGGGAGAUAGCUAUACGUGUGAUACGUGGAGCUCGCGAACUAGGAUGGAAGACAGUCGCUAUAUACAGCCAUGAAGACCGAUUGUCUAUGCAUAGAUACAAGGCCGAUGAGUCUUAUCAGAUUGGAGAAGUUGGCCAGUUCACGCCUGUUGGUGCAUACUUGGCUAUUGACGAGAUACUCAAAAUCGCAAAGGCUCGAAACGUCCAAGUGAUACAUCCAGGAUAUGGCUUCCUAGCGGAGAAUGCUCUGUUUGCUCGUAAGGUUGAAGCCGCGGGCAUUGCUUUCGCUGGACCACGACCAGAGGUUAUUGAUUCUUGUGGUGACAAGACGAAAGCACGAGAUGUUGCUGUGCAGUGUGGUGUUCCUGUCGUGCCGGGUACAGAAGGUGCUGUUAGCACCGUUGAGGAAGGGCAGGCUUUUAUUGCAAAGGCUGGUCUACCUGUCAUCAUCAAAGCCUCGAUGGGUGGUGGUGGUCGUGGUAUGAGAGUAGUGAGGAAUGCUGACGACUUCCCUCAUCUAUUCCGUACGUGCCAGUCUGAAGCUUUAAAUGCCUUCGGUGAUGGAACUUGCUUUAUCGAACGACUUGUUGAAAAGCCGAGGCAUAUUGAAGUGCAAUUACUUGGUGACGCUGUUGGCAAUAUCAUUCAUCUCUUUGAGAGAGAUUGUUCCGUCCAACGAAGGCAUCAAAAGGUGGUUGAAAUGGCUCCAGCAUUAGGAUUACCAGACGACGUUCGGAAAUCUAUAUUAGAAGAUGCCGUCAAAAUCGCUACAUUUGUCAACUAUCGAAACGCUGGAACUGCUGAAUUCUUAGUAGAUAGCCAGAACCGUCAUUACUUUAUUGAAAUCAAUCCUCGUAUUCAGGUGGAACAUACAGUAACUGAAGAAAUAUGUGGCCUUGAUUUGAUUGGCUCUCAGUUGCAGAUUGCAAUGGGAGCGACUCUUCCACAGCUUGGAUUGAUUCAGUCGAGCAUUACAUGUCGUGGUUAUGCCAUUCAGGCUCGUGUCACCACUGAAGAUCCAUUGCGUAACUUUCAGCCCGAUACUGGAAGGAUUGAAGUUUAUCGAAGUGCUGGAGGUCCAGGUGUGAGACUAGAUGGAGGUCCUGGUUACUCUGGUGCGAUCAUCACACCGCAUUAUGAUUCUCUGUUGGUUAAAGUCACUUGUCACUCUGCUGAUUUCGAGUCUGCGCGAAGGAAGAUGUUGCGUGCGCUCCUAGAGUUCAGAGUCCGUGGGCUCAAAACCAACAUAGCUUUCGUCCUAAAGCUGCUCACACAUCCAAUUUUUAUUGAGGGUGGCAAGAUCUGGACUACAUUCAUUGACGACUACAAAGACGAGCUUCUCAAAUCUGGUGAAGGUCGUGACCGUGGUCAACGUCUCCUCAGAUACUUGGGCGAGACUGCGGUCAAUGGAUCCAAAAAGUACUUUGAAGGCCAAGACGGAACACCAGGCGUGAAAGGGACCAUUCCUAUACCAACAUUGCCGGGCUUAACUGCCAUCAACGCUGAGACACCAUGCACGGAAGGAUGGAAGGGUGUUCUUGACAAUCAAGGUCCAGAAGCCUUUUGUCGAGCCAUUCGAGCUCAUUCUGGUGCAUUGAUUAUGGAUACUACUUGGAGAGAUGCGCAUCAGAGUUUGCUGGCAACACGUGUUCGGACUACUGAUUUGAACCAUAUUGCUCCAUUGACCUCUCACGCUCUAAAGAAGGCGUUUGCUCUGGAGUGUUGGGGAGGCGCCACAUUCGAUGUCGCUAUGCGAUUCUUAUAUGAGGAUCCGUGGGAGCGAUUACAGUUAUUGCGCAAAUCCGUGCCCAAUAUUCCAUUCUCCAUGUUGUUGAGAGGAGCAUCUGCAGUUGGAUACACCAACUACCCUGACAAUGUCGUCUACGAAUUCUGUCGUCUCGCCAAGCAACAAGGUGUCGACAUAUUCAGAAUCUUUGACUCUUUGAACUACUUCCCAAACUUGGAAGUUGGGAUUGAUGCAGUUAAGAAGGCAAAUGGUGUAGCAGAAGGCGCUUUAUCGUAUACUGGAGAUUGUGCCAAUCCUCAUAAAGUCAAGUACAAUUUGGACUAUUGGAUGGAUUUGGUUGAGAAACUUGUCAAUGCUGGAAUUCACAUUUUGGGAAUCAAGGAUAUGGCUGGUCUCUUGACACCUAAAGCUGCAACAUUGUUGGUUGGAAGUAUUCGGAAGAAGUAUCAGGAUUUGGUUAUUCAUGUGCAUACUCAUGAUACUGUCGGAACAGGGGUCGCGACAUACAUUGCUUGCAUUGAAGCUGGUGCUGAUAUUGUGGAUUGUGCUGUUGACAGCAUGUCUGGAAUGACAUCUCAACCCAGCAUGGGAGCCAUCGUAGCUACAUAUCAGAACACACCACAAGAUACCGGUAUUAGCUUCGAUGCUGUUCAAACCAUGAACCAAUACUGGGUACAAGUCCGAAGAUUAUAUCAAUGUUUCGAUCCCAAGCUUUUAUCGGGAGAUUCUAGUGUCUUGGUUCAUCAGAUGCCAGGUGGUCAAUACACAAACCUGCUCUUCCAAGCCCAAAGCUUAGGAUUGGGCAAAGAAUGGGAGGAAAUCAAAAAGGCUUAUGUUACUGCCAACUUGCUUUGUGGUGACAUAGUGAAAGUCACACCAUCAUCAAAGGUCGUUGGUGAUUUUGCACAAUUCCUCGUUCAAAACAAACUCUCUGAAGAAGAUGUUAUAUCUCGAUGUGAAGAAUUGUCAUUGCCAAAGAGUGUUGUAGAAUACUAUCAAGGUGCAUUGGGUCAACCUCCAUAUGGAUACCCAGAACCUCUUCGAACUCGUAUUCUGACGUCCAAACGACUAAAGCCAAUCAAUGAACGUCCGGGAUUGUCAAUUCCACCAAUGGAUUUGGAAGAGUUGAAGAGGAGCUUGGAAGAUGAAUGGGGUGAAGGCAAGAUCUCAGAAACUGAUGUGAUUAGUGCUGCCUUGUAUCCUCAGGUCUUCAAAGAAUUCCGCACCUUCCUGUCUACAUUUGGACAUCUUACCAAUCUUCCAACAUACCAUCUUCUUACUCCGUUGGUUAUUGGUGAAGAAUUCUCAUUCGAACUGGAAACUGGCAAGACACUUAUUGUCAAAUUAUUAGCCAUCGGCCCAGUCAAUGACGCUACUGGAAAGCGUGACAUUUACUUCUCAGUCAAUGGUGAAGCUCGUAUGGUGGCUGUAUCAGAUCACAAGGCCAAUUCCGCUGCGUCACUGACACCUUCAAGGCCCAAGGCUGAUACGAAAGACAAGAUGCAGCUGGGAGCACCGAUGGCUGGUGUCGUCGUUGACGUACGAGUCAAGGUUGGAUCUGCUGUGAAUGCUGGUGACAUUGUCGUGGUCUUGAGUGCCAUGAAACUGGAAACCAGUGUCGCUUCUGCUACAGCUGGUGUUGUAUCUGAAGUUCUGGUCAAGACUGGUGAUUCUCUCACCGCAAAUGAUUUGCUCAUCAAGAUUGAGCCUACAAAAGCAUAA